AUGGCGGCUAUUGCGCUCGGGAAGGCACCUGCAUUGGAAGUGGUGGAACGGUUGGAUCAAGCUGUCCAACUCCGCCAAGCAGCUCUCCGUUUGUUGAACGGCAAACCACCAAUCACCUUCAACGCGGAGUCAGAACCAAAGGGUAACGCGCUGCUCGGGGAGUUCUUGCUUGUCCAAGCACAAAGUGCCGCUGAACAGGGCCAUAUUUCUCGAUCGUGGCAGCUUCUAGACCAAUGGACACCCGCCUAUGUAGCACAGCCCUCUCUCCUUGAAAGCAUCAUGAGCUUCCGCUUUUACCUGAUGAGGGGGAAGUCGACAGCCGAAGCUAGCGUAUACGUGACUUGA